CCUUUACCUUCCCAAGUUCGUCCUCCAUCAAUUUUAAUGAAAACUUUAAAUUAUAUCAUCAACAACAUUAUUGAUCAAUUGCCUCAAUCAAAUAAUUUCAUAUGGGAUAGAACCAGAGCUAUAAGAAAAGAUUUCACUUAUCAAAACUAUCAUGGAAUCGAAACUAUCAUUUGCACUGAAAAAAUCGUUAGAAUUCAUUUAUUUACUCUUCAUAUAAUGUCUAAAAACCCUGACAUCAAAUAUGAACAACAACAAGAAAUUGAACAAUUAAAUAACUCUUUGCAAUCUUUAUUAGGUUUCUAUGAUGAUUUUAGAGAUAAAAAAUUAAAAUUACCUUUUCCAGAAUCCGAAGCUGAAUUUAGAGCUUAUUAUUUAAUAACACAACUACGUGAUCCAACUUUAGAUAGAGAAAUUCAAAAUUUACCCAAUGAAAUUUUUUACUCAAAACACAUUCAAUUGGCUCUUCUAUUUAGAAAAUUGGCUUCCUAUAAUAACACUGAUUCAAAAAUGUAUUUUAAUUCAGAAAAUUCCUUAAAUUUAUUCACAAAAUUUUUCGAAUCUGUUUACUCAAAUGAUGUACCUUUUUUAUUAGCUUGUGCUUUAGAAACAAAAUUUAAUGAAAUCAGAUUCUAUGCUUUAAAUUCCAUAUUUAAAUGCUUUCAUCCAAGGGGAACAACUUCACUUCGAAUUUUGUUAAAUCCUUUAGGCUUUGAUAACAUCGAUCUGUUAAUCCAAUUCUUAAAUAACUAUAAAAUAAAUAUU